AUGAACGAGCAAAAACCAAAAGACACCCUGUCCGAAAAACUAGACGAAUUACUAUGUUCAUAUUAUGAUAACAUUACCUUUGACAUAUCCCUAAAGAAUUCUGAGAAACAUGCCAAAGAUGAAACCAAGUAUUGUUGUGAGCAUCAUAAGAGUGUGGAUGUCAAGGUAUCCGUUAGUUCUGUGCAAAUUUAUUGUAAUUUUCAACCUAACCCAAACCAUAUUACAGCUUAUAAACAUUCUAUUUACAAUGGAAAUCUGGGUGGUAUUAAGUUCUACGAAGAUGGUGAGAAAAACAAAAGAAGGUGUGUUAAGUCUAAUGCAUUGAGCUUUCCCAUGUCUGUAAAUAGCGUUUAUGUAUUUUACUGUCAAGGGAAGAAUCCAUUAUUGAUAUAUGUAGACAGUGGAACUCCUAUGACCCGUGGAUGGUAUAGAAAGAGCACUAAGGGUUAUGAGCACAACUGGACAUGGAUCAAUAGAGGACUUGACAGUAUAACGAGAACUGACUUAGAGAGUGGGAUUAGUUGUGAUAAGUGGCAGAAACUCAGGAAAUAUCUUGGAGAGCUAGGUUGUCGUAGCUUUGGAGACUGUAACGGUAAUUUAGCACGUUUAUAUACUGUACCUCAGGAUAUUGGACAAAUAGAAGCUUCUGAAGAUGAAACUCCACAUAAAUCAUCUGGAAGUUCUGAUGAAGAAGAUGUGCUAGUUGAGAAUGAUUAUUCACCAUCUAAUACUAUACUUAGGACUGCACCUCAACGAGCCUCUCCACCUGGCGUUAUUAUAGACAUACAGAAGGAUCCUAAUGGAGGGAGACUAGGAUCUGAUACAUAUAACUUAGGAGUGGCCGAUCAAAAGGUUAAGUUAGUAAAGUCGGUAGACCCUCUUAACUCUGGUUUCUUUAAGUUCAUGCAUAAGCCACCAAAUGGAAAAUCUUUCCGUGUGGCACAAGUGAAGUUUGGGAAUGUUCCAGUUUCAGAUAUUGGCGUAAAUUCAAAUGAUGAAAUUGAGCAUCUGGCGGUAUGGUAUUGGAAAGGUGCUGACAACAUGGAAAAGCCUCUUUUAGCAGAGAUACUUAAAGGAGGAAAGUAUACAUAUAAAUACGCUAAACCAGGCGGCAGCACCUUAAGUUGGACUUCACUUAAUAAAUAUCCAGAAUCUAAUAUUCCACUUCCACCUGAACAACUUGAGACUCAUCUUGACGAACUUAACUGCCAACAUAACAACGCAGUUACCAUAAAUCUAUCUUACAAAAAUUCUAAGCAUCAUGCUAAAAAUGGUGAUAAAAAGUACUGUUGUAGCGAUAAUCAUAAUAAUGGAAAGAGGAUAACUGUUCAGGAAAAGGAAGUUUCUUGUCAAACGCAUCCUAGCUCAAAAUGUAUUCCCUACUUCAAACAUGAUGUUAGUGCUGGACUUCAACUAGCUGGUAUUAUGUAUUACAAUGAGGACGAUAACAAUAGAGAUCAAAGGAAUAGAAGACGUAUAAAGCCGAAUAAAUUUAACUUUCCCAUCUCUGCUCCAGUCACUGUCUACGUUUUUUACUGUAACAUGAAGAACCCAGUUCUUAUAUACGUUGAUGGUGGACAACCUGGUGUUAAGGGCUGGUAUAAAAAAGGUAGUUCUGUUGGUAAUGGCAAUGAGGAAUGGGUAAGAACCUUGCCUGGACUCAAAGAUAGAAUACCUGACAAUUUCAAAAACUGUAAGAAUGAUAACGGUUUUAAAGAACUUGCGGAUAAACUAACCACACUUGGAUGUCCAGGCUUGAAAGAAUGUCUUGGACAGAAUGGAGUUCAACGUGAAGAGGUCCCCGCAGCUGACUUAUCUGACCAGGUUACUGAUACAGAGUCUGAGACUAAGAUUCUCCUACAAGGAAUCCCUGUUGUUAAUAAUGGUGUAAUUGGCACUGAACAACCUCCUGCUGUUGUUAGCGAUAAUAGUGCAUCUGCAGUAGAAGGCCUUAGUAAAACAGUAUGGAAAACUGUUAGUGGCACCGUUGGUCCCCUUAUCGAUCUUGGAGUAGAUGUAGCUGCUAAACUUGGACCUGUUGCCUUAAAUGCGGUUGGAACGUAUGCUGCGGAGAAACUGUUUGAGAAUCUUCUUGAUAGUUCCACUGUUAAGGCUGUAGCUCCUUCUAUGCCUGUUAUUGAUAGUGAUAGAGAAGUUGGAGCUGCUGUUCUAGCUCUACAAUCUGGCGAAGAACAAUCUCUUCCUGAAGGUGCUGUACCUCAAGUUACUCAGAAUGAUGAUAAUCAUGGUGUUAAAGACACUACUGGUUCUUAUAAAGAUGAACAACCUUCUGCCCAAGAACUUCAAAAACCUGAAACUACCGGGCCUGGCGGACGGUGUGUUGGAGCUCAAUCUGGUGAGUGGAUCCGAGUCCAAGCUAAUGCACUACAAUUUAAUACUGCUGAUUGUAAAGGAAUUGCUCGUAUUCUAUCUCCUCCACCACAUAUUCCUGGACCUGGUGAAGUUCAUGCAGAUUCUGGUCUUGCUGAUGGUAAUAGUAGAGCUAAAGACCUGGAUGAAUCUGGCACUGUUUAUGGUGCUAAAGCUGGUGAAGAUUCUGCUGGAGAUGAACAAGCUCCUUCUCAAGGAUCUCUAGAAGAAAACUCUAACUUUGAUCAAGGAAAAAAGGCUGAUGCUGCUUCCGGUAGUCCUGAUACUGUUGUACAACAAGAUUUAGAAACACUACAACGUGCUGAAGGCCCAGCUGUAGGAUCAGGACUUCAUGAAGAAGAUGAAGACCAAGAAUACUCCGAUGAAGAUGGUGCUAUACCUGCUCAACCUACUGCUCGUCAAGGUGGUGGAGGAGAGUCUAGUGAAGGUGAUAAACAUGAAGAUAAAGAUCCUAAACUUGCUUCCUCUACUCCUCAAGCAGCUCUUACUGAAGAAACUCCUCAAGCUGUUACUGGUGUUCUUGGUCUUCCUGUUGCUACUGGUCUAGGAUCAUGGGCUAUCUUUGGAUCUACCUCUGGUACUCUUGCCGGAGCUGGCGCAACAUUCUUUGGAGGCUGGAAACUUUAUAAUCGCUAUAAGGGAGAUCCUUGGGUUAGACACAGAUAUCCUAUAGAGUUUUUAAAGAAUGUGCCAUAUUGA